UAAUUCUUAAUUUGAGAAGAAACAAUUCUUCAAAAAUAUCAUAUAAUUAAGAAACGGCAGAAAUAUUCAAAUUCACAAAAUUCUUACCGAAGUAUCAAAAGCGCCCCUUAGGGCUGUCGCGCUGGCGUCAUUUCUGGGCGACGGUUUCGCCGCCCUCGGUUCACGAGCACCGCCGGUUAAGGAUCUCAUGGCGUUCGGUUCUGUUUUACACAAUAAUCAACACAAUAUUGGGCGCAGUGAACCGCCGGUCGGUGUUGGGGAUCCGUGUGCCGGCUGUAAUAAACCAAUAUUAGAUAAAUUUUUGUUAAAUGUUUUAGAACGUGGUUGGCAUGCGUCAUGCGUGCGUUGCUGUGAAUGCCUUCAGCUACUUACAGAUAAAUGCUUUAGUCGAGAGUCCAAAUUAUAUUGCCGGAAUGACUUUUAUAGACGCUACGGCACCAAAUGCAGUGGUUGCGGUCAAGGUAUUGCACCAUCCGAUCUCGUUAGAAAACCGCGUGAUAAGGUUUUUCACCUAAAUUGUUUCACAUGUUGUAUCUGCCAUAAACAGCUUAGCACGGGAGAACAGCUCUACGUUCUAGACGAUAAUAAAUAUAUAUGCAAAGAUGAUUAUCUGCUCGGUAAGACGCCUUCGGUUUGUGGCCAUAAUUCCUUAAGCGACUCUUUAAUGGGAUCAGCGAGUGAAGAUGAAGAUGAUGAUGACCCACCGCAUUUACGAGGUUCGUCUCUUGGACUUGGUGUCUUGGGACCUAACGGUCCAGACUCAGCGGGCGGACCACUGGGAGCAUCAGAUAUUUCAGUACAAAGUAUGAGUACCGAUAGCAAAAAUACCCACGACGAUUCAGAUCAGGGAUCCUUAGAUGGUGACCCUGAUGGUCGAGGUGAUUCCCAGGCAGAAAAUAAAAGUCCCGACGACGCUAAUGGUUCAAAAAGACGCGGUCCACGUACAACGAUAAAAGCCAAACAGCUAGAGGUGCUAAAGACAGCCUUUAAUCAAACACCGAAACCGACGCGACAUAUUCGAGAACAGCUCGCGAAAGAAACUGGGUUACCGAUGCGUGUGAUACAAGUGUGGUUUCAAAAUAAACGCUCGAAAGAAAGACGAAUGAAACAAAUAACUAGCAUGGGUAGACCACCGUUUUUCGGUGGUGCGAGAAAGAUGCGAGGUUUUCCCAUGAACUUAUCCCCCGGUGGCCUUGAUGACGGUCCAGGCUUUCCUUACUUUGCUGCCGAUGGUAAAUUUGAAUUUGGCUAUGGACCUCCUUUUCAUCCUCACGACGGGCCUUUUUUUCCCGGGCAUCCCGGAGGACCAAUGCCUUUUAAUGCACCCAGCGGACCAAUGGAUCACGCGGGACCCAUACCCAUGGUCAAUGAAUUUGGCUUAACGCCAGAAUCAAAUUUUUUAAGCCAAGCCGGCGGACCUCCAAUUAAUAUACAAUCGGCUGGUGGUCCUCAACCAUCAACCGAACAUCUUUUAGCUGCUCAGCAACAACAACAACAACAGCAACAACAGCCACCGCAACCGAACCAACCAAAUGGACCACGUCCAACAUCGCCCGAAUUCAUGACAGCGGCGAAUUUCAGCGAACCUCAAAAUAUACAAAACGAACAGCUUGUUUGGUAAUAUACAAAACAACUGGCUACGCGUUUACUCAUAUGGAAAACGCUAGCCGAACACCAAGGACUCCAAAGACAAAGUCAAGAUUAAUACGUCAAUACGAUCAAUGCGUCAGAAUUGCUUACUGAAAGAAUAAACAAAAAAAAAAAACAAAAAACAAAAAAAACACUAAUUAAAAAAAAAAAUAGAAAACUUGGCAACAACUCGCCCCCUCUCUCCACCCAAAACGUUCUCAAACUCUCU